AUGCUGCCAUUGUUGGUUUUUUCGUCGUUGAUUGCUGCCACCAUCGCUUCUUACGGCGCCAACUUGAACUAUCGUUCCCCUUCCCUUCAUCAUCCCGGUCUAGGGAUUUCGGUGCGCAAGGUCGUCAAACGGCAUGAUCCCAGAGCGGCCCUGGAACCCUCCCAACUCAACUUCACCCAUGGAGUUGCGUCUGGUGACCCCUACCCCAACAGCGUGAUACUCUGGACAAGAUGCUCUCCUACCUUUGACGACGUCAAGGACAACAGCACCACUUCCGGUUUCGUGCCAUUAUACAAUCCUGUGCCGAUAUACAAUGACACGGACGAAGGCAAGCCGCCCUCCAACGCUCCUGUCUGCCUGGACUGGAAGAUAGCUUCUGAUAGCAGGUUGUCGUCCGUGGUGGACUCCGGCACCGUCUACACGAGCUCGGAUGUCGAUUACACGGUCAAGGUGGAGGCCACCAAGCUCAAGCCCUACACUCAAUACUGGUACCAGUUCAGCGUGUGCAAGUCCAACCAGUCCAGCAUGGUCGGCAGAACCAAGACUACCCCUUCACCGGAUGACGACGUCAGCUCCGUCAAUCUGGCCGUGUACUCGUGCAGCAAUUUCCCCUUCGGCUACUUCAACGCGUACGGAAACCCGGUUCGAAAGGACUCGGUGGACUACGUGCUGCAUCUGGGAGACUAUAUCUACGAGUACGCCAACGGCGAGUAUGGCUGGGGUCAAACGAUCGGCCGUGUGCCAUUGCCAGACAGACAGAUCUACACUCUCUACGAUUACCGCAAGAGACAUGCCACCUAUCGGACGGACCAUGAUUUGAUUCUCAGCCACCAGUACUAUCCGUGGAUUCCUGUGUGGGAUGAUCACGAGGUCGCUGACAACACUUACCGGGAUGGCUCAUUGGAGCUCAACAACACAGAAGCGUCAUUUGUAGAAGAUGGAGGCGUCUCUGUCGACCAGCGAAAGAUGAACGCCGUACGGGCAUAUUUCGAAUGGCUUCCCAUCCGGCAAGUCGAGAUGGGCGACGAUCUCCGCAUCUGGCGCUCCUUCUCGUUCGGCAAUCUCCUCGACAUCAUGAUGCUCGACACGCGCCAAUACGACCGAUCCAUGACCGACCUGUACUGGAACACGGACUACGUGCACGCCAUCUCCAACGACGCCGGCCGGUCGAUGAUGGGUUCCCGGCAAGAGAACUGGUUCUACCGAUCGCUGAUCGACUCCAAGACGCGCGGCGCGACCUGGCGCCUGAUCGGCUCCCAGACGAUGUUUAGCCGGAUCAACGAAUCCUUGGCCUACGGCAACGUCAAUCCGCUCGACUACGACGCAUGGGACGGCUACCAAGCCAACCGCAACCGAACAUACCAGACGCUGUACGACCACAACAUCACCAACAACAUCCUGAUCUCCGGCGACAGCCAUGCCAACUGGGUUUCGGAUUUGGUGUGGCUGGACCACCACGCCUACGACCCAGCCACGGGCGAGGGAUCUAUCGGCGUCGAGUUUGGGGGGACGGCCGUGUCCUCGCCCUCACCGGGCGGACAGAACAUUUCGAUCGCCGCCAGCGUCGAUGCGAGUCAGUGGCUGGUCGGCGCCAACCGGGAGCUGCAGUGGAGCGAGCUCUACUACCGCGGAUACUUCGAGCUGCAUAUCUCGCAGCAGGCCGUGAAGGCGCGCUACUUUGGCAUGCCGACCGUGGUGAACCGCAAUCCGGGGGAGAUCUCGCUGGCCAAUUUCACUGUUGUUAGUGGCGAGAAUCGUCUGCAUCGCUUCAAUGGCACCGUUGUGCAGGCGCCGGUGGAGAAUGGCUGGGUCAAGUUUGGUGAGGUCAGACAGACCAAUGUCACCAAUUCGACGGAUACGGGCUUGUACUAUAUCAGCCAUGAGAAUGUGGAGGACCUGUAG